GUGAGCUCUCGCGACCUGUGGAGAAGAGACGCAGACCGCGCCCGCUCUCUAUCGUUUUCAACCUGCGCGUCUGUCAACUCAAACUCUCGGUCAUGUCGAUGUGCGCGACGACAGAAGCCACAGGAACGAACAGAGGCUUCACUGGGACAGAAACGAAUGAUGGUGUGUUUGUUGGCCCUGACACCCAAGCAGUCCUGACAAGCCCUCUCACAACUGCCUUCCUCCCAGCCAUCUAUGUCCUCGUGUUUCUCAUUGGGUUUCCCACCAAUGCCUUGGCUCUAUGGGUUUUCCUCUUCAGGACCAAAAAAAAGCACCCGUCGUCCAUCUACAUGGCCAACCUGGCGCUUGCUGAUCUGCUUUUCGUCAUUUGGAUCCCUUUAAAAAUAGACUACCACCUCAAUGGCAACGACUGGAAGUAUGGAGAUGGGCUGUGCAAGGUUCUGGUGGGAUUCUUCUAUGGCAACAUGUACUGCUCCAUGGCCUUCAUCGCCUGCAUCAGCGUCCAACGUUACUGGGCUGUAGUCUACCCAAUGUCCCAGCAUCAAAGGAGCAACGUUUUAGCAGUCUCUGUCUCUAUAGCGAUCUGGGUGCUGGUGUGGCUCAUCACCAUUCCUCUCUACUGCUACGAUCAAGAAGUAAACAUACCAAACAUGUGCAUCCGGACCUGCCACGACGUCACCAGGCCAAGUCAAAAGAAGACUGCGGCUGGAUACUUCUUGACGAUGGGGACGCUGGGAUACGUCGUCCCGACAGUUGUGUGCAUCAUAUCGUACGUCCUCAUGCUCAGGGCUCUCCAGAACAGCAUGGGGGACCCUACCAUUGCCAAGAAGCGCCGCAAGGCCGUGGUCUUGAUCAUUACAGUCCUGCUCAUGUUUAUCGUCUGCUUCACCCCCAGUAACAUCAUGCUGCUGGUGCACUACAUCCUCCUGCUAGGAGAGGUUGUGAACAACGGGUACGGGUUUUACAUCACCACCCUGUGCCUAGCGAGCCUGAACAGUUGCGUGGACCCUUUUAUUUAUUACUUCAUCUCCGAGGACUUCAGGGAGCACGUGAAGAACACGUUUCUGUGCAGGAGUCAGAGGGCAGUCGAGAGGAAAAAGGUCUCCUUCAGCGCUCUGAAGUUCUCCAAGAAGAGCGGCUCGUACACCACCACCAGCAGCAGCAGCACGCGAAACACACAGAGCAGCGAUUGCUGAUGGCGGUGUCAUUAUUAACCCUCCCCUGGUCUUAGCGCGACGCUCUGAAAGAGCGUGGAGGAUGUCGAGGCGGGACAGCGGGGAAGCGGAAGGGUCGUAAAAUCGCAGGCGGUGUCAGUGCGACCCCCGUCAGAUCGCUCACGUAGCCUUAAGAGUACAGGAGUUGAAGCAGUUCAGAACAGGUGUAUGAUCUUCUAGAGCUUUUUUUGUGUGGUCAAUAUUUGUUUUUGAAAAAUAGUUAGUACAGUUUUAUUUUAUUCUAUUUUUUUACAUAUUUCUAUGUAUUCUGCUAUGUGCCUCAUUAUUUUGCCAUUUUUGACCUUGAUCACAUAGAAGAUACUCAUGUUGUGGUUUUAGAUAAAUGAAUGUAGCCUUUUUUGUGUGUGACAAAACUGUAAAUCAGUGACAUCUUUUAUCUAGUAAUUUAUGUAAAACUACCUUAAUAAUUGACUUCUUAUCCAUAUAUAUAUAUUUGAUAUUAACUGGCUCUGAGUGAAGACAAGCAAAGAGAAAUCUUUGUAAACCAAAUGCAUUCAAAAGCUGAAACUCCCAUUUUGUUUGGUCUUUAAACUCAUCAGUUUGGGAAAACUCAGAUUAAGAAUAUUAUGGAUAAAUGGGGAAAACAUUGUAAUUUUAUGUUCGAUUCAAAGAUGACUUAUCAAGAAGAGUGUGAAUUUUAUCAUUUUAUGCUCAAUUAUGUGUUUAAUAAUAAUAAUAAAAGUUUCUAUGUGCUGAACACAA